UCUUUCUUUUCUUUCUUUCUUUUCUUUCUUUUCUUUCUUUCAUUCAUUCUCCACUUUUCCGGUAACCGUCGCCGGCGUCUGGUUGCCGAAGCGUAAUGCUAUCAGCUGCGGAGCUUGACUUGGUUUGCUUCGAUUAGGUGGAGGAGAGGCAGACGACGUGCGUGUGGAAACGGCGACGUUUGGUGGGAUGUAGUUUGGUUUGAUUUGAUCAGGGGGAAUGGGGAGAGUGGUGGUGGGAGUAACGGUGGGUUUGGCGACGGUGGCGUGUGCAGUGGCGGCGGUGGCGGUUGGAGGGAGAAUGAGGAGCAGGGGGAAAUGGAAGAGAGUGGUGAGAGUGUUGAGGGAGGUUGAGGAAGGGUGUGAAAGUUCUGUUGAGAGGCUGAGGCAAGUGGUGGAUGCUAUGGCGAUUGAGAUGCACGCAGGGUUGGCUUCAGAAGGUGGUUCAAAGCUCAAAAUGCUUCUCACCUAUGUUCAUAAUCUCCCUGAUGGGACUGAGAAAGGGACAUAUUAUGCACUACAUCUUGGGGGUACAAAUUUUAGGGUUUUGCGGGUUCAUUUACACGAUCAACAAUCCUCUGUUUUGGAACAUGAAGUAGAGCGACAAGCCAUCCCUCAACAUCUAAUGACCAGCACAAGCAAGGAUCUCUUUGAUUUCAUUGCUUCAUCUUUAAUGGAAUUCAUCGAGAAAGAAGGAGACGGUUCUGAGCUUUCACUUGACAGAAGAAGGGAACUUGGAUUCACAUUUUCUUUCCCUGUGAAACAAACGUCAGUUUCUUCAGGCAUUUUAAUUAAAUGGACAAAAGGUUUUUCCAUUGUAGAUAUGGUAGGAGUAGAUGUUCCUGCUUGUUUGCAGGAAGCAUUGAUACGAAAGGGACUAGACAUGCGGGUUGCUGCCUUGGUCAAUGAUACUGUGGGAACACUGGCUCUUGGACAUUAUCAUGACUCAGAUACAGUUGCUUCCGUGAUAAUUGGCACCGGUACCAAUGCUUGCUAUUUGGAACGGGUUGAUGCUAUUAUAAAGUGUCAAGGUCAUCUUACAUCAUCAGGAUACAUGGUUGUAAAUAUGGAAUGGGGAAAUUUUUGGUCAUCUCAUUUACCAAGAACAUCAUAUGAUAUUGAUUUAGACUCCGAAAGCCCUAAUCCAAAUGAACAGGGUUUUGAGAAAAUGAUAUCAGGAAUGUAUCUUGGUGACAUUGUGAGGAGAGUCAUUUUAAGGAUGUCGCUAGAGUCAGAUAUGUUUGGACCUGUUUCUUCCAAGCUUAAUAUGCCCUUUACGCUGAGGACUCCUAUGAUGGCUGCUAUGCACGAGGAUGAUUCUCCCGACUUGAGAGAAGUAGCAAGAAUCCUCAGAGACAUCCUUGAGAUUCCUGAUGUUCCUUUGAAGUUAAGAAAAGUUGUGGUGAAGGUUUGUGAUGUGGUGACUCGCAGAGCUGCACGAUUGGCAGCUGCUGGUAUUGUUGGUAUCUUGAAGAAGAUUGGUAGGGAUGGAAGUGGUGGCAUCAUAAGUGGACGUAGAAGUGAUGUGAAAAUGAAAAGAACAGUUGUUGCAAUUGAAGGAGGUUUAUAUUCUAGUUAUACAUUGUUUAGGGAGUAUUUGUAUGAAGCUUUGAACGAAAUAUUGGGGGAAGAUAUUGCCAAGCAUGUAAUUCUUAAGGUCACUGAAGAUGGAUCAGGCGUUGGAGCAGCGCUGCUUGCUGCCUCGCAUUCAUUCCUAUGAUGUGGAUACAGUAGGACUUGCUAUAAGUAUAUACAUAUAUUCUAUAUGUAUACAUAUAAUUCUGUAAAUCAGAAGGAAAAUUUUCCCUCUUUUAAAUCUGUGUAAAGGAAGGUUGUGUCUAUUCUUUGUUAAGAUGAAUCAGUAUUAUUCUUGUCAAUUGUUUAUUAUUAGAUGAUUAAUGGCUUAGGGAGUGUUUGGAAAUGUUUGUUUAUUAAAU